CUGUGAUUAACCGUCACAAAAAUGGCGAAGUGUCACAUUUUCGUUCUAGUACUAAUUCUAGUAGAUUUGCGCAAGGGGGAAGACUUUAGUGCCAACAAUGACAGGAAGUUUAACGUGGUCUUGUUCUUGGCCAAGACGACGACUGGUGAUCCUUACAUGCAAGAUUCAGGCAUUAAAUAUUUAAACUUUGUGGAGAAAACUCGAGUGAAGCAUUGCGUUCCACCUAGUGGUACCGAAGACGAGUCCGCAAACUCCUACAGUUCUCUAGAAAGUGACUGCAAGCAGCUACUCAAAACUGGAAUUUAUGCUUUGAUCAGUUAUUGUAGGAAUGUAAUGGGCAUGACCACAGCUAUCGCUUCUGUACAAAACGACAGUUUUAGUAAUGGACUUAGAUUCAAAAAAUCUACAUCUGAAGAUCUGGAAAUUCGGUACCAUCAUCCGAGAAGUCUCAAAACUCGCUUCAAUCCUAUUAACCAAAUUAGAAGUCAGUCGAAUGUGAUAACCCAACCAGAACACACAGAAGUUUUCAAAAUAAGAUCGAAACGUCAAACCCCUCUUGAAGAAAUACCCAGCUUCCAAGGGGACGAAGAUACCACUCCAAAGUGGGACGUUUUUGGGAUUAUGGCAAACAUCAAACUAACUUUUUUCGGGAAACUUUUCGAAGACGAAAAGAAUCCAGAAAACGGGGGGGCACAAUCCACAAAAAAUCAACUCAUGGAUCAACUCGGAAAAGUCUCCGAAAACUCUCUCUUUGAUUUAGUGAAAGAAACCCUUUGCAAUGUCCAAGAAGGUGCCGAAAAUGGCUUUCUCAUGAUAAUCAUCGGGGGCUGUCUGCACGAAAUUUGCGAUAUAUAUUCUUCUUUGAUGCAAAGUAUUAAACACGUGGUGGAAAAUACAGACGAACGAGAUACUUUGAUCGUAGUCACUGGAUCUUGUCCACUUGUUGAUGGUACAAAUACGGAUGACACUCAAUUAAUCCCUGUCUACAUAAGAGGACCUUCUAAAACCAGUUCGAUUGCAAUUUCGGGUCAACUGUAUGACGUUCCUUACGCCAUCAAAAAUCUUUUGGCUGACAUGAACGGAGGAGCUUACUUCACCGGAAUUCAAACCAAGAGAGAAAAACGUCACACUUUAAAAGAAAAACGCAACCAAGCCACCGAAACCAAAAUCCCUAUUCUGCUCUUAGUCUUCUGUACGUUAGCUUGUGUACUAUCUAACAAUUAAACCCCCUUUCACGCA